GCCCAAUUGCCCAUUGCCAUCCUUCCCUACUUUUGUUCCAACAUUUCAAACUCAGCCUACCAUGCUGCUACCAACGCGUCUUCCUCUUCCACAAUGCACCAUGGGGUAUGAACCCUAAGACGAGAACUGGUGGAGGAGCCCCAAAAGCUUUUACAAAUUUCGAGUUCACUUUCCGAUUCGCGACUUCUCGCCAUGAUCUGUGCUAAACCUUCGAUGGAGAAGGAGCAGGAGUUAUCUACUGACUUCCGUGAAUGACGUUGACUCCAGGAAUUCCAUGGGUUCUGUGAUUUUAUGGAUCCCUUUUAUUAUCACAUCUGGAAUCGAAAAUUGUUGCAGCCGACAGCCACCAUGGUUUAAUGGUUUGGAGUUGCUUGAGGAUGCUAAACAGAAUAAGCAUGUUCUUCCCAGUGGCUGUGAAGGGAUUGACAUCCUUCUUGAAGGUGGUUUUCGCAUUGGUCAGUUGACAGAAAUAGUGGGGCCAUCAUCGUCUGGUAAAACCCAGAUGUGUUUGCGCUCUGCUCUGGGUGUUGCAGACAUGAAUCUGGGUAGUGUUUUCUUCUUGGAUACUUGUAACUCUUUUUCCUCAAACCGCAUUGCAUCCAUGAUUAAUCAACAUACUGCUACUUCGGUUGAAGAGGAUGGAGAAACUAGAGUCAAAAGGAUUAUGAGUAGAAUACUUUGCCAGUCAGUAUAUGACAUAUUUGAGUUGUUGGAUAUUCUGCGGCAACUUGAAAACAGACUAAGCUAUCAGGAAAAAAGUAAUGGAAACAGUAUACGAUUGCUUAUCAUUGAUUCAAUUGCAACUCUCGUAGCCCCUAUUCUUGGAAGCAAAAAUUCGCAAGGACGAAUGUUGACGAUAUCAACUGGUAUUCUGUUGAAAAGGAUAGCAAAUGAUUACAAUCUAUCUGUACUGGUAACUAAUCAAAUGGUUGGAGGACAGCGGGGACAUCUGAAGCCUGCUUUGGGGGAGAGUUGGAAGAGCAUUCCACAUGUGCAGCUAUUGCUUUCUCGUGAUAAAGGGAGCACAAUUUGUGGCAUUUCGAUAUUAAAGCACACGACCAUUGGUUCAGGUCGCACAGGAAAAUUUGUUAUUCACAAUUGAAGCUGACUGAGAGCAAGUAUCGAUAGGCAUGAAAGAUCUGAGGAGAAAAGAUAGCUUGACGGACAAACAAACGAAUAUAUCACUGAAUGAGUUCCAGCUAACUGCAAUGUAUUGGUUAGAAGUGUAGACCUUAUGCUACUAAUCUAAAUUACCUUUGGAGAUCAUGAAAUUCACGUUCAGCUGGAGUUCUUACUUUAAUUGUGAAUAACAAGAAGAAUAGCUAUUCUUAAUGGUACAAGGUCUGUUAACAGGAGGAUAUAUCAUAUUAAAAGGUUGUCUCUGUUAAACUUUAGCAUGGAUUCCAAGUUGUUGAUAAAUCAUAUGCUAAAAUCCUUGACUGGUUGUUAUGCACAUCAUGAAUAAUAAGAUUUGAAGGUGGACAAAA